AUGAGUCUAGGCCUGAAGAUCUUUCACAAGACGCCUUACCCGGCCAUUGACCCCAGACAACCCAAACUCAGUCAAGCAGGCAAGACAGUUCUCGUGACUGGAGGGAAUGGCGGUAUCGGCCUCGCUAUUGCCAGGAACUUCAUCACCGCUGGCGCCAGGCGUGUUAUCAUCGUUGGCCGCGAGGGCCAGGCGAUCGAGUCCUCCACCAUCGUGGACGGGCGCAUCUGCGACACGAGUGAUAUUGAUGCGACUGCGGCUCUUUGGGAUCGUCUGGAAGGGGAGGGCAUUGUUGUUGAUGUUGUUGUCAUGAACGCCGCAUCUUUUGGAGAUGCAAAGUCGCUGUUGGAAGCAGGUCGUGAUCGGGUCUGGCAGUCAUAUAUCACCAACGUCCAAUCCCACCUUGACUUUGCGGAGCGACUGUACAAACAAAAGGGACAAGGUGCUCCAGGACGGAAGUAUCUGAUUAAUAUUUCCACAGUGGCCAUAUAUAUGUGGACUGGCGUGACCCCUCAGAUUCCAUCAUAUGGCCUGACCAAGAAUUCGGGUACGGCUCUGAUGCAACAGAUUGCCAAAGACGUAAGGCCUGAAGAGCUGCAGAUCGUCAGCAUUCACCCUGGCAGUGUGCUCUCAGAUACUGCCCGUGCUGCUGGAUUAAACGAGAGUAGUCUCUCAUGGGAUGAUGAAAACCUAGCUGGGCAGACCGUCGUGUGGGCGUCAACCCCUGAGGCUGAGUUCUUGCACGGACGAUUUGUGUUGGCCAACUGGGACAUCGAAGAGCUUAUGACCGGCAGCUUUAGAAUGCGGCUUACGAAUGACCUGAACUUCCUCAAAGUUGGCGUUAAUGGCCUGUCUGAGAGCACGACAUCUUUGCAAGUACAAAGGACACGACUGGAUUAA